ACACAGCAUGGCUUUCGUUGCUCAUCAGCUCUUCAGCGGUUUCUCGUCUUCAGCUGCUCGGAAUGUGGUUAUUAAAAGUGUCACUAUCAUUGGAGGUGGACAGAUGGGUGCAGGAAUUGCUCAAGUCGCCGCAUCAACGGGCCACUCUGUGACGCUGGUGGACGCGUCUGACGACAUCCUCAAAAAGUCCAUUGAAGCAAUUGAAGGGAGUCUCAGACGAGUGGUGAAGAAGAAGUUUGCCGAUAAGCCAGAGGCCGGUGAAGAGUUUAUCAGGAACGUCAUGCAGAAGGUGUCGACCUCAACAGAUGCUGCAUCUGCGGUUCGAGGCUCAGAUCUUGUGGUGGAGGCCAUCGCUGAAAAUCUGAAAGUCAAACAGGAUCUUUUCAGAAGGCUCGAUAAGUUGGCACCACCGCACACCAUCUUUGCCAGCAACACAUCCUCCCUGUCGAUCUCUGAUAUCGCCAGCUCCACCAACAGGCCAGACAAAUUCGGUGGCCUUCACUUCUUCAACCCUGUUGCUAUGAUGAAGCUUGUAGAGGUGAUUGGAACACCAGCAACAAGCCAAGAGACUUCUGAGUCCCUCAUGAACUUCAGCAAAGUGCUUGGAAAAACACCAGUGUCCUCCAAGGAUACUUCCGGAUUCAUCGUAAACCGUCUACUUGUUCCUUGCAUAGUGGAGGCCAUCCGGAUGUAUGAAAGAGGGGAUGCAUCCAAAGAAGACAUUGAUAUUGCUAUGAAACUUGGUGCUGGUCAUCCCAUGGGGCCCAUUGAGCUUGCUGAUUAUAUAGGACUAGACACAGUGAAGUCUAUUAUGGAGGCUUUUAGGGCAAAGGAUCCUGACAACCCCCUCUUUGCCUCCAGUGACUUGCUGAACAAGUUGGUUGCAGAGGGUAAAGUUGGCAGAAAGACAGCAGAGGGAUUCUACAAGUACAAGUGACUGUGUGCAGCUGUUACUCAAACUAAUGUGAACUUGGGAUAUUAAAAUAAACACUGAAUGAGAAAAAUGCCUGUUCUGUGUGCAUUAGGAGGAGCUGCUUUAUUUGUCAGUUCAUUUC